CCUUUAGGCCACGAAACCCAAAACCAAACAAACCAUUUUAUCCACCUUCACUACAAAACACAAACUAUACUUACAACUCCCAACCUAUACUUACAACCUCCCCAAUGUCAAACUCCACCACUCUCCGGACACGCUCCCAGGCCGCCCCCGACUGGACCCACCAGGAACACCUCAUCCUCGUCAACGAGAUCACCGCCGUCGAGCGCGACUGUCUGAACACCUUCUCGUCUUUCCAAAAAUGGCAAAUCAUCGUCGAGAAUUGCCACGCGCUAGGGCUCAAUAGAAGCUUGAAUCAGUGUAAGAAGAAGUGGAACACCUUGUUUGAUGAUUAUAAUGAGCUCAGAAACUUCGAUGCUGAGGUGUAUGGAGCUAUUGAGGAGUUUGUUAGGGUUAGAGAUGGGCGUGGCGAGUUGGGGUCCGACCCGGAUCUUGACCCGGGUGAUGAAUUGUUGGUUGAUGUUGUUGCUAACGCUCACUCUGUAUUGCCACAUGCCAAGAAGUAUAAGCUCAAGAGUAUGCCAAAGAAACACUUUCUGGAAGGCUGGGGUGCACGUCGGAAAAGCAGCAAAAAUGUAAGAAAACCGAAUAAGUCAUGCAGAUCAGAAGUAAAGGUAGAAGUAGAAUGUCCGAAAGAGAGUGUAGAUGUAAAAAGUAUGAAGAGAGAAAAUAAUCAAGAAGAGGUGGAAAAGGUAACCAUAGAGCUGCUGAAUUCUGCAGAACAGAUCAAUGUCGUACUUGAGGCAAAACUCGUGGAAGAAGUAAACUGCGUGUUGGCUGAUAUAGGAAGUGCAAAGACUACCCAAGCUGUUGAUGUUAGACGUCAAGGCGAUGAGCUUAUCACAUGUUUAGAAAAUUAUACACACACCAUUGACCAACUUCGCCAGAUUCUGAAUAGUAGUUAAAUAUGGUAUAGGUACUGUAGUAGUUAUCCUUGCUAGUUGUUGAAAUUUUUUCCUUGUUGUCUAUAAAAUUCAGCUCAUAGGUGAAGGAGUAGUUUGAGAAAAUGUGAAUUGAACUAGAGCCUGGAAUUUCUUUUUUGGCUGCAUGCAACUUCAGUCUUGAUACAGAAGCUAUUAAUGUUGAUAUAAAACCUGUUAAUUUUAAAGCUCUA